UUUGUUUGUUUAUUUUUACAAGACUUUCCCUCUGUAAGAUCGCAUGUGCGUUACAGCUGUCACUUUAAUGAACUUUUCAGCAGUGAUGUGUUGAAUUAAAUGGACAAAUUAGAGGAUCAUGACGAUAAUAAUCUGCAGUCUCAGAUAGAGGAGAUUGAAGCGCUUUCUUCAAUCUAUGGUGAGGAAUGGUGUGUGAUUGAUGAAGCCGCGCGAGUUUUCUGCAUCAGAAUAUCGGAGACACAGCAGCCCAAAUGGACGGUCUGUUUACAGAUCAUCCUUCCUCCAGACUACCCAAGCUCAGCGCCGCCGAUAUAUCAGAUAAACGCUGCCUGGCUCAGAGGACAAGACCGCAUGACUCUGUCCAACAGUUUAGAGGAGAUUUAUGUGGAGAAUGCAGGAGAGAGUAUUCUGUACCUGUGGGUGGAGAAAAUCAGAGAAUUUCUUACAGAAAAAUCACAACAUUCAGACGGACCAGACACAUGUAAAACCGUGAUGACGGAGGAAGGAGGACACGACUGUGAUGAAGAUGAUCUUCCAGACAUCAGUGUGCUGAAACUCUCCAGCCAAUCAGAGCAGAUCUUCUCUCCCGCUUCAGAUGAUGAAGAGUUGCCACUGAUUAAACACGGCGAGAGCAUCACAGAUAGACGGAGCACGUUCCAGCCUCAUUUAUCGGCGGUGGAGAAUCCUAAACAGGUGCAGAGGGUUCUGAAUAAACUCUACGAGAACAAGAAGAUCGCAAGCGCCACUCACAACAUCUACGCUUACAGGAUCUACUGCCAGGAGAAAAACUCUGUCCUGCAGGACUGUGAGGAUGAUGGAGAGACCGCCGCCGGGGGACGACUGCUGCAUCUUUUGCAGAUCCUGGAUGUGCGUAAUGUGCUGGUGGUGGUCUCUCGCUGGUACGGUGGGAUUCUGCUCGGCCCCGACCGCUUCAAACACAUCAACAACUGCGCCAGAACCAUCCUCAUUCAGGAGGGCUACGCCGACUCUACGGAGGAAACAUCCAAAGCAGGAGGGAAGAGCAAAAAACCCAAGAGCAAGAAGACAAAGUAAAAGUCUACUUGGACUAGAUAUAGACCGGAUUCUGACGAAUGAAAUCAACCGAGACUUCUUUUAAUAGGAGGCUUAAACAACUUGAGAGUCACAACACAAACAGCUCCUGCGCGCAAUCGAGUUUAAUGCUCUGUUGCUACACUUGAUGUCACACUAAGUGCUUUGUCUUAUGAAUAAAGAUUUUUAUGAAUUACAAA